ACUGUUGUAUACAUGCAUAUACGUCGAGUAUUUAUUGCGUUCUUUAUUUAUUUCCAAGCUUUUCGUUGUUUGAACAUCGUUAUGGUACGAACAGCUUCUCAAAUAGUGGUCAAAUUUUCUCAAAAAAAUAUGGCACCUUCGAAAGCGAAAAAAGUUACGGCUUCUCAUCCAACUACAGCCACGAUGGUUCUAGAAGCUUUGAAAGAAUUGAAAGAAAAAAAAGGAUCUUCGAUUAUAACCAUUAAGAAAUUUUUAAAUGCCAACUAUAAGGUAGAUACUACUAAAUUGGGGCCGUUCAUUAAAAAAUUCCUUGUGACUGCAGUUGCCGAUGGUCAAAUAUUACAAACCAAAGGUAAAGGUGCAAAUGGUCAUUUCAAGUUACCAAGCCAAGUUAUAAAAAAGGUAAACAGUAAAAAAAUUAAUGAAAAGAAAAUUCCCGUUGUUAAAAAAUUAUCCACAACCAAGAAGUCCAAAUUGAUUAAACAUCCUGCCAAAAUAAUAAAGAUUCCAUCUGUGAAAGAGCCAUCAUCUAAGAUUAAGAAGACUACUACUAAAGCGAAGAAUUCAUUGGCUACUAUUGUUAAGCUUCCCAAAUCCAAGAGAGUUGUAUCAAUUUCUAAAUGAAUAAUUUAAAUACCUCUCCCUUUUCUACUUAAAACGGUCCUUUUCAGGACCACCAUUAACAUUACUAA